AUGCAAGAGUUCGAGGACGAAACUGCAAAAGAUAAAGUCCUACAGCAGUUAUCCCAGCAGGUCGUGAAAGGCUGGCCAGACAAUGUUAAUGAAGUUGACCUGAAAGUAAAACCGUACUGGUCGUUGCGAGAUGAGAUAUUAGUAGAAAAUGGGUUAGUACUUCUUGGAAGCUGUGUCAUAGUCCCUGCAGAAUCCUUAAGAGGCAAAAACUUGCAGCAAAUCCACACAGGACAUUUUGGCAUAGAAAAAUGCAAGCUGCGAGCCAAAUCCUGUGUUCACUGGCCAAGCAUCUAUAGAGAAAUGGGAAGUCUUGUAAACGCGUGUAGGGUGUGCAAAAGUACCAAACUUCUUAUCAAAAAGAGCCUAUGAUACCCUCGGAGAUCAACCCAAGAUGGUGGUAAACUGUGAGUGCAGAUCUAUUUUAUGCCCAACAGUCGUGGUUUCUUAUAGUUGUUGAUCACUACUCGAAGUUCCCAUUUGUCAGAAAGCUCAACAACCUUUCAACUGGAGCUGUUGUAAAAGAAAUAAACACGAUAUUUGCAGAAAAUGGAAUUCAAGAAACUUUACAAUGUGCCAACAAUCCUCAAUUCACCUCUGUCGAGUUCCAACAACCGGCAAGCCAAUACGGCUUCAACAUCAUAAUGUCAUCCCCUCACUAUCCACGUGGCCAUGGAUUAGUAGAACAUCAAGUCCAAACGGUGAAGAGGUUCAUCCUUGAGUGUGGAGAGACCAGGGAAGACAUAGAUCUAGCCCUGUUGGCACCACGAACAACACCCCUGAGUCCCAAUAUAGCAUUGCCAGCUGAACUCCUCAGUGGUCGAAUUUUUAAAUCCACGCUCCCUGCAAAGAUCUACCCAUCAAAAGACUAAGAAGACUUUAGAAACUGGCUGUCAAGGCGAGACAAGACAAUCAGAGCUGUUACAUUGUUACAACAGAUACACCAAGGAACUCCCUGAGUUAUACAAGGGCAAAGCCAUCUAUGUACAAGAUUCCGAGAGGAAGGCAUGGAGUGCCACUAAGGUCGUAGAUCAAGGAAAUUCACACCGCUCCUAUACUUUGGAAAUUGAGACCGGUGUCCACCUGUGA